AGCGCUCUGCGCUGAACAUGGUGUCAGAUGUGGGAUCGUUCCAUGAAGUCCGCCAUGUCUACUGAAGAUGUCACGUCUAUCCCGAUGUUUGCGGGAUCUGGUCUCCAGCUAUCUCCGAAGUUUGACUUCGCCAACCCGGGCUCUUGGGCGGAGUGGCUUUACCAGUUUGAUGAUUAUCGUUACGCUUCAGGCCUUUACCAAGCACCCGGUGAUGUCCAGGUCCGGACGUUGCUCUAUGCCAUGGGCUCUCAGGAAGCUCGACGGGUCCUCGAGACUCUAACCUUGUCUGCCGAAGACUGGACCUCGCUGGAAGUGGUCAAAGAGAAGCCCACAGGGCACUUCAUUCACCCCGUCAACGAGGCUUAUGAGCAGUUUUGAAAUCGUUACGGCUUGAUCAGCAGCAGCGGAUGGAGUAUAUAUUCUCUUUGAGCGUAAUCAGAAAGAGUUAACGCAUGCUUUCAAAACUGAAGUUAUUCAUUGAAAGCCAUAUGCUAUUUGUUUUAAUUUCAGCACAUCAAAGGUAUGGUACCGCAACUGUUGCGGCGAAACACCUGAUCUGAUCGUCAUUGACGUACUUGUUCUUGUUCAAUACAUCAAGGUCCAACAAUACGUUUUGGAUGACGCAAAGUUUCUCUUUGUCUCACAACCUAUAGUUUUAGUGGCCACAUUACGUGGUGUCCACAGCAGAUACGCCAUAGCACGGCAGACUGAGUAAGAAAAACUGGUAUCUUUCUGAACCGUGUGAGUUCCAGAAUAUUUCCAAUGGUAUACAAGCGCUCGAGGCUCCACUCCGUUAAAGUUGUACUCACGUACUGGAAAGAAAUUAGACAAUAUGUCUACCACCUCGGAAUAUUUACAAGUAUUCACAAUCAUUAGCUUUCUAUUGUUUAUCCUAUUCUAUUGUCCAUGCUCUUAAACUGUUUGGUACCCAGAAAGUCUAUCAUUGAUAUCAUUGUACGGGUCACUGUACGGAAUGAAAGCGACAAGAGUUCUGGACAGCGAGAACGGGCCCUAUAAAAUACGGUGCAAACUCGGAACACAUCACAACUCCUCCGACGACAGCAACGUCACUCCAGAAGGAUUACAAAAGCCAAGAUGCGUCUUGCUCUCAUGAUCGCCACUUUGGUCGUUGGAGCCUUGUCAGCGUCGGCGGCUGAACCUUUCGAGGUAUUAGACACGGACUCUGUCUCUUUGCCGGACUUCGAAUUCACUGGGCUGGGACCCCACAAGAGGGACGUGAAGUUCGUCCAGGGAAAGGUAGAGGGUCUGAGCUCGCUCCUCAGGACCUUUCGUGAUCAUAACGGACGUUACGAGGGCGAACUGUCUGUCACCGGCCUCAAGUUCACCUACAAGGCUGCAGCCACUAAACCAGAGCAAGAGUUCGACGUGGUAGUGGAAGUGCAACAUGGACGACUGAGCGUAGACAGCGAGAAGGUUGAAGAGGUCACAUAACACAGAGAGGUGACGUCUUGAACAGUGGCGGCACCCCAACCAAGUAGCAUUGCGACAGCUGCGAGCGAAGCGGCCGUGCUUGCCACACUUGAAACAGCAGUUCUUGGCUGUCAAUCUUCUUCUCUUGUCAUCCGCCGAGAUGGCAACAUGGCAUUCCUGAACAGUGUGACUUGCCAAGUUGCUGAGCGGACAAGAGGGACGAGGAUGCGAUGAAGAUGCGGCCAAAGCCAGUGCUGUCGGUAGGCUGGACGACGCUACGGGAGCUUGGGAGGAACGAUCCAUAGGAGCAGUAACGGUCGAAGCAAGCUUUCCACGACCCGCACGUGUCUCCUCCCUACUUUCAACUUGUACUUGUAAGAAUUGCAUGAUGUUCUUAACCUGCGCCGCUCGUGACGCCGCAGGUUCACGGGACGUAGCAGGUUCAGUAGCCGCUCGGAGACGCCGCAGCUUCAGUAGUCGCAACGUCCUCCUUCAUGCGUUGACGGUACAGCACGGCUAUAUCCUCCGGCAACGACCGUAUGAGCACCCUAUGCAGCACAACAGCAUACCCUGCGGAGGACACGCCAAGGGUUUCGAGGCAACUGGUACGGAAGAGAACCUGCUCGUAGAGCUCGCGGAGUCGGGCCAGCUGCGAAGAGUUCUGGAUCGGCGUAAUCGCAAGCAGACUGUCGAUGUGCUCAUCUACAUGAGCCUCCGUACGACCGAAGCGCUGGGUUACAACAUUGACUGCAGUUGUGUAGUUGUCCUCGGUAAGCCUCAUCCAUUCCACGGCGCGCUUCGCGUGUCCGGUCAAGUGGAAUCGCAGGUACUGAGGGGUGGUGUAAAGCGCGUCCGGCUGGUGUUCAUUCCGAAAUGUGGAGGCUCGACGCAAUUAGUAUUUCAGACCCUGGGGAACCGCCCUGAGAAGAGCCAACGGCGGUGGUGCAGUUCCGUGACGCUGUCUACAAGGACAAAGGGCGUUAUGUCGUGCCCAUCAUGCUAAAGUCGCAAGGCCACUUCGAACACGAAUCGGACACGAAGCACGAAUCGGACAGUUGCCGAAACGCGGCUAAUGCGUCAUCUACAAUGCUUCCUGACCCAACCCGAAGUACUUCAGGAGUACGACAGCGUCAUCAGGGAGUACCCGAAAGAAGGUCAUGCAGAGGAAGUGCCAGCGAACGACGAUUCAAAGAUGGUAUACUAUCUUCACAUCACGCAGUCGUACGUCGAGAAGCCGUCACCACGAAAGUUCGAGUCGUACGCGAUGCGUCUGCUCAUGAGCUGGAAAGUCCUUGGCUCAACGAUGUGCUGGACAAAGGAGUGAAGCUCGGGGCAGAGUUGUUGCAGCUUCUGUUGCAGUUCAGAUGCAGCCCAAUAGUCCUCACCGCCGACAUCUGCAUCAGGCCGGAAGAGCGGGAUCUUCUGCGCUUUCUCUGGUUUCACCAGUUACCUGCAGCGUCAGGACCUGGUCCUCCUUCUGUGUCCUCCUUCCGAGUGGGCAGCGGAUCCGACGCCCGUUACAGCGACUAUACCCUUUGGAGGCAGACGCAACCAGCGGCGCGAGGGAGGAUGUUGAAGAUAGGUUGAUUAGAGGAGGAGGAAGACGGGGGGACGAACCGAGCUCGCGCUGAGCAAUAAACGAGGCAUUUCGAUGUCUGCUUCUCAACCUGAACGGAGGCUAGUUCUUCUUGCUCAACACCCCACAAUGGUAAGACAAGGUUCCAAAGCAUAUCUUCUUUGCAGCUGGAAACUUCACAGUGAAGGACCACCAAGUGAGGUCUCUCCACCAGCACGUCAGGGAACCAGUGGAAUUCUCCAGCGACAGGGCCGAGAACAGUUUGUUUGAACAGCUGCUCAAGCAGAAAUUGGCUCAGCUUCUGG